AUGAGUUUCACAUCCUUUCGAUCAUCCUCCGGAGGGGCAAGAAGAGGCUUCAGCUCUGGCUCCGCAAUAGUUGGUGGCGGUGGUGGUGGCGGUGGUGGAAGAUCGAGUUUCAGCUCCUAUUCCGUUGCUCGGGUUGGAGGAGCAAGAGCUGGAGGAGGUGGCGGCGGCAUUGGAGUCGGUGGAUUCGGCAGCCGAAGUCUAUACAACAUGGGUGGAAGCAAGCGCAUCUCUUACGGUGCCGGCAUGGGGGGCUUCCAACCCGGUUUCGUUAGUGCUGGAUAUGGCGCUGGUGGAGGAGCUGGGUUUGGUUAUGGUCUUGGUGCCGGUGGCGGUGGUGGCUUUGGUUUUGGCGGGCCUGGGAUGGGAGGUGCCGGUGGCUUUAUGGUAGGUUCUCCAGGGUUUGGUGGAAGAGGUGGCCCAGGGUUUCCAGUUUGCCCACCCGGUGGCAUCCAAGAGGUGACCGUCAACCAGCACCUCCUACAACCCCUCAACCUUGAGAUUGACCCAGAGAUCCAAAGAGUCCGCACACAUGAGAGGGAACAGAUCAAGACACUCAACAACAAGUUUGCCUCCUUUAUUGACAAGGUCCGAUUCCUGGAACAGCAAAAUAAAGUCCUUGAAACCAAAUGGGACCUCUUACAACAGCAAGGGACAACUGUCCGACAAAACAGAAUUGAACCCAUGUUUGAGACUUACAUCAACAACCUCAGGAGGCAGCUUGAUUCUAUUUUGAACGAACGGGGAAGACUGGACUCAGAACUGAGGAACAUGCAAGACAUGGUGGAAGACUACAAGAACAAAUAUGAAGAUGAAAUCAACAAGCGUACCGGUGCAGAGAAUGAAUUUGUGGUGCUGAAGAAGGAUGUUGAUGGUGCCUAUAUGAACAAGAUUGAGCUCGGUAGCAAAGCAGAUUCUCUGAAUGAUGAAAUUCUGUUCCUGAAAAACCUGUUUGAAAUGGAACUAGCUAACAUGCAGCAGCAGGUAUCAGAUACCUCUGUUGUGUUGUCAAUGGACAACAACAGAAGCCUGGACCUGAACAGCAUCAUUGCUGAAGUCAAGGCGCAGUACGAAGACAUCGCCAACAGGAGCCGAACCGAGGCUGAAAGCUGGUAUCAAAGCAAGUAUGAAGAGCUACAGGUCUCUGCCGGACGCCACGGUGAUGACCUUCGCAACACCAAGACAGAAAUUUCUGAGCUUAACCGGAUAAUCCAGAGGCUGCGAAGUGAAAUUGAUGCCGUGAAGAAACAGUGUGCCAAUCUACAAGCUGCCAUUGCUGAGGCUGAGGACCGUGGAGAGCUAGCCCUCAAGGAUGCCAGGCACAAGCUGAAUGAGUUGGAGGAAGCCCUGCAAAGAACGAAGCAGGACCUGGCUCGCCAGCUCAAGGAGUACCAGGAGCUGAUGAACGUCAAACUGGCCCUGGACAUUGAAAUCGCCACCUACAGGAAGCUGCUAGAAGGAGAGGAAAUCAGGUUGUCAGAAGGCCCUGGAAAUGUGAGCUACUCUGUGGUCAGCAGCACCACCACCUCUGGCUACGGAGGCGGAAGUGGCCUUGCGUUAGGAGGAGGACACGGUGGCGGCAUGGGAGGAGGUUUCGGACUCGGAGGCGGCGGAGGCAGCUAUGCGGUUGGAGGUGGAAGCGGCUUCGGCGGCGGCAGCGGCGGCUUCGGCGGCGGCAGUGGAUUCGGCGGUGGCAGUGGCUACGGCGGCGGAGUCAGUAUGGGAGGUGGUAGCAGUUACAGUUCUGGCGGGGGCCGUGUCUCCUCAAGUGGAGGAGGAGGAAGCUCCAGUGUGAAAAUUGUAUCAAAAACCACUUCGAGCAAGAAAAGUGUCUAUUAGAAAGGGUUAACUCGCCACUACCACCACCACUUCUGAAAUAGCAAUGAGCGUUGCCACCUGCAAAUCGAAGCUCUUCAGCCCACUGUGUAAAUAGCUCAGCAAAGCUCUUCCCCUCUGAUACUGUCACCUUUUCCAUUUGAGUUUGCCUGCAAUAUGGAUCCAGACCUUUGCACCCUGAUCCAGCACUGCUGACUCGGAUCGCAGGUUUUUGCGCCGGGAUCAGCUGCAGCCAGUGCGCAGUGAGCUCCUGUGCUGACAAAUCGUGAGCCAUCCAUAGAGCUCUUUAAACAAAGGUCUCAAAAUUAUCUACUAAGCUACAGGGUCUCACUGUUCAGUGAUUGCAUGAUUGCUCCUAGGUGUGUGGUAAAAAGGGGAUCCCAUUUUAGAAAAGUUCAUGUAGUAGAUGGUUAACCUUAAAUACACCCUUAGGUCCUUUGGACGGCAAUCAGAUUUAAGUUUGCACUUAAAGUUAAGUUCUUGGUUGAAUUAACAGCUUUCAGUGCUAUGCUUAAUAGACAGUUAACAUCAAAGCUUAUGGGAACUUCCAGGUAGACAGGCAGCACGAAUCCGCCUGCACACACACUUUCUGAAAUCUCUCUCCUGUUCAAGCAUGUUCUUUGUAAUUUCAAAUGGAGACAGUGUAAAGCUGUAGACCCGUAAAGUCAUCAGAUCUUGCCAAAAGGAAAUAGUUUUGAGACACCAGUGAUAAGAUCUGGCUCUCACCCUUCUGUUGUAACAUGCACAGCGCUUAUUUUUUAACAGCAAAAUCGUAUUUGAUUCCUUCUUUGAAGUGAAAACAAAAAUUGGAAAAGGUGAUUGCUUAUUCUGCUGCUGCUGUUUUAUGAACUGUAACACUGAAUUCUAACGCUUGAUUCUAAUGGCUAUGGACCCAUGCAAGGCUGCGUGACAAAUAAAGAGCAACUGUC